AUGCACAGCCACCCAAACAUGAAACAUCUCACACAAGAAGUCAGCUUGGGUGGCACAGCCCCCUCAGGAGCCACCAGCAAUGAAGCUCUUCUUGUUCAUCUGCCUGCCGACUAUCUUCCCAAGUAUGUCUGCCAAGUCCCAACUCCCCCAACCCUGGGGCUGUACCCCUCCCUUCUACCCCCCUCCAGGGCCCAAUUUCCUGGAGACACUGAAAUCAGACUCUUCCCCAGGGAUAUCCAUAUCAAAUUUUUGGUUUCCAUGAAGAGUCCCAUAUUCGGUCCCCAGGAGGUGAGUAGUGUGGAAGGCAAGUCGGUGUCCAUCACGUGCUACUACCCACCCACCUCUGUCAACCGGCAUACCCGAAAGUAUUGGUGCCGGCAGGGAGCAAGAGGCAGCUGCAUAACUCUCAUCUCUUCUGGGGGUUAUAUCUCCAACGACUAUGCGGGCAGAGCCAACCUUACCAACUUCCCGGAGAAUGCCACGUUUGUGAUGAAUAUUGCCCAGCUAACCCGGAAUGACUCUGGGCACUACAAGUGUGGUCUGGGCAUCAAUAACCGAGGCCUAUCCUUUGAUGUCAGCCUGGAGGUCAGCCAGGAUCCUGGGCUUCAAAAUAACAUUCAAGUCUACACAGUAGACCUGGGCAGAACAGUGACCAUCAACUGCCAUUUCAAGCAUGAGAAUGCUCAGAAGAAGAAGUCCUUUUGUAAGGAAGCAGGCAAGCAUUGCAAGCUGAUCAUUGACUCCAAAGGUUACUUGAACCCCGACUAUCGUGACAGAAUACGCCUUGCUAUUCACGGUACUGGCCAAUUAAUGUUCAGUGUCAUCCUCAACCGACUCAAUUUCAGUGAUGCUGGGAUGUAUGCCUGCCAGGCUGGUGAUGGUCCCACUAGUGAUAAGAUGAAUGUUGACCUCCAAGUGCUAAAGCCUGUGCCUGAGCUGGUCUAUGGAGACCUGAGGGGCUCAGUGAACUUUGACUGUGACCUGGGUCCUGAAUUGGCACAUGAUGCCAAAUUUCUAUGCCGAAUGAGCAAUGGGAAAACCUGUGAUGUGAUCAUCAACACCCUGGGGAAGAGGGCUCCGACCUUUGAGGGCAGGAUCCUCCUCACUCCCAAGGAAGAGAAUGGCCGCUUCAGUGUGCUGAUCACGGGCCUGAGGAAGGAGGAUGCAGGGCGCUACCUGUGUGGGGCCCACCCAGACGGUCUACUGAAGGACGGUUGGCCCGUCCAAGCUUGGGAACUCUUCGUCAAUGAGGAGACCGUGAUUCCCCACAGUCCCUCUGUGGUGAAGGGCGUGGCAGGAGGCUCUGUGGCUGUGUUCUGUCCCUACAGCCCUAAGGAAAGCAGCAGCCUCAAGUAUUGGUGUCGCUGGGAAGGGGCUCAAAAUGGCCGCUGCCCACGGCUGGUGGAGAGCCAAGGACUGGUUCAGGAACAGUACGAGGGCAGGAUCGCACUGCUUGAAGAGCCAGGCAAUGGCACCUACACGGUUAUACUCAACCAGCUCACUCCCCAGGAUGCUGGCUUCUACUGGUGUGAGACCAAUGGUGAUAUCCGCUGGAGGUCUACUGUGGAGCUCAAGCUUAUUGAAGGAGAACCCAACCUCCGGGUACCUGAGAAUAUCACUGCUAUGCUAGGAGAGACGUUCAAGAUCCCUUGCCACUUCCCAUGCAAAUUCUACUCCUACGACAAAUACUGGUGCAAGUGGAGCAACAAGGGCUGCCGGGUCCUGCCCAGCCAAGACGAUGGCCCCAGCCAGGCCUUUGUGAAUUGCGACCAAAACAGCCGGGUCAUCUCCCUGACCCUGGACUCUGUCUCCAAGGCAGACGAGGGCUGGUACUGGUGUGGGGUGAAGCAGGGCCACCGCUAUGGAGAGACUGCCGCCAUCUAUGUGGCCGUUGAGGAGAAAGGAAAGGGAUUUCACGAUGUCAGCCCAGCGAAUGCAAAUGUUCUUCCUGAAGAGAAGUUGGUAGAGUCAGGUGCCAAGGAGAUUGAGAACAAAGUCAUCCAGGAUCCCAGACUUUUUGCAGAGGAAAAAGCGGUGGAGGAUGUAGGAGACCAAGCUGGUGGUAGCAGAGCAUCUGUGGAUACCAGCAGCUCUGAGGGGCAAGGCGGAAGCUCUACAGUGCUGGUCUCCACCCUGGUGCCCCUGGGCCUGGUGCUGGCACUGGGAGCCGUGGCUGUGGGGGUGGCCAGAGCCCGGCACAGGAAGAAUGUCGACCGGGUUUCAAUUGGAAGCUAUAGGACGGACAUGAGCAUGUCAGACUUCAGGAACUCCAGAGAAUUUGGAGCCAAUGACAACAUGGGAGCCUCUCCAGUCACUCAGGAGACAUCCCUCGAAGGAAAAACUGAGUUCACUGCCACCACCGAGAACACCACCAAAACCGAAGAGCCCAAGAAGGCAAAAAGGUCAUCCAAGGAGGAAGCCGAUAUGGCCUACACAGCCUUCCUGCUCCAGUCCAGGAAUGUGGCUGCUGCUGAAGCCCAGAAUGGCCCCAGGGAUGCCUAGGCAGUGCCGCCACCCACUCCCUCCACUACGACAAUCACCUUCAAAAUAACGCUGAUCCUGGGGCCCUCAGCUCUGUGGGACCCACUGCCUACGCUCAUACCCACCU